AUGACUUUGGGGGCUCGUGGUACGACCCUUUCUUUGAGAUGGAGCCCCAUGCGCGUCUUCACAGUCGACUACAACGAUGGAUGCAUGUAUGAAUGGAUGAGCCGAUGCGGUGCUGUAACCGUGUCGGAUAUCGCUCUGGCAGAUUAUCUCGUUACCCCACACUUAACCAUAACACCCGCUGCCGUUGCUGUGUUGUGUCGUUUCUCCUCGCACAUUGUAACCCCUGAGUACUUCAAGGUGCUGCAGGAGGGCAGGGAGAGCAACCCGCAAAAGGAGCUUCAGGACCCACGUGCAUAUUUUCCAUCAGUUGACAGCUCGUGGUCUGCACUUCUGAGUAGCGAGAGCAGCGAAAUUUUUGUGUCAGACAACAGAGCACCACCCGCGGCAGGUGAGAUUUCGGCGGGGUUGAAGGUUGUGCUCUCGGAUUCGUCACUAAAGGAAAGACGGCAGCGACUGUUUGCUGGUACAACGUUUGUCGUCGUCCAGCAAUUUCUCUACGAUGAGGUACGUGUGUUUCUGCCUUUUACCCAAGGUUGCGCCGUUCUGGAUUUGUCGCUGCUCGACGCGGUUGACAGUUGUGGGGACGAAGCCGCAGUCCGUGCAUUUUACGCAAAGCAUUGUAAUCACAUUGUUUUGUACAGCGACCGGGAGGAGCUUCCUGUUUUAGGGCCCCUUCGCACGCUACAAUAUGCGAUGGGCAUGUGCUGCGUGGAGCACACGGCCUUCAUUCGAAGCGUCGUGUGGUUGAAGCCACUCCCCACUUUGUCUCUCUCCUCCAAUGUUUCCCCAUCGGGAGAGAGCGAGCAGCCGGCGGCGUGUAGCUGCAAGUCCGUUGAGCGAGGGAGUGCGUACGCGAACCCGAAACAAAAAGACCACCGCUGUGAAAAGAAAAUGGGACGAGGAUAUGACGAGACAGAGAGAUUUCCCAGUGAGCAAACGGGGCGAUCUGCAACCGAAGAGGGGCAAGAAAUGCGAGAAGAGCAGGAAUGUGGGUGUCGAAUGCAGGGGGAGAUGGAGCGAGAAGAUGCUGAGGAAGACCACGACUGUGAGUCAAAUAUGAUCCUUACGCAGGUAGAGACGGGAAGACCCUGUGUUGGCAUGAAGAGAGGACGCGUCGGGGCCGCUGCUGUGGGUCGUUUAACGGAUCCAAACCCCCUUUUCCAAGAGCUAUGGAGUGAUGAAGAGGUGGAUGGCUAUGACGAUGACGAUGCGACGGGGCACCACGAGCAAAACACACGAAGUGUGGGCGCAGGUGGUUGGAUCUGCCGUAAACGACAAGCCGCAGAGGUGGGGAUGGACUUCACAGUGAGGGAUGGUCUUGCAAUAUCUUCACAUCCGUGCCUUAAGCGUUACGCCGCAUCGCUGAUCUCCAGUGGUGGUGGUGGUGGCGGCAAGUGGUUCAAAAAGCAGCAAUUAAUCGAGUGCAGGGAGAAGGUCGAACUCGACCGCACUGAGACCGCACCCGGGGUCGGCUCAUUAAUGCGGCAGCUAGCUAUCGAUGAUGUGGAUAUAAUACCGGAUGCUGUGGGCAAAGCCAUCCGGAUGGAUAUUCGGCAAUUGGGCACGCGUCAUACGACCCGAAACCUGCAGCCUCGACAGCAAAGGCGUCCCAAAAAAAAGGCACCUGCGCAGUACAGUGUCCUGGACUGUGACACCCUGAGUGAGUUUCCGUGGCCGUAUGCGGAAGGUUGGCCCUCGAAGACCACGUCAUUAGGAGAGAAACAAAUGGCGAAGCGUGUAGACUCGUUAAAUGAUCUGUUACGGGGCCCGCAGUCGAGAAGAGCUCCGCUGAGCGUUUUCGACCUGGAAGCAUUCCUGUAG